AUGACAGACAUCAAGGCGAUCAAGGACCAGAUCUGGUACAUCAAGCGCGACAUCCAGAACGAGGAGAAGAAGCGCGACGAGUGGGCCACCACGAUCUCGGGAAUCGAUGCAGAGCUGGGCGGCAUGGGGCCCGGCGAGGACCGCGAGCAGUGGGAGGCCAUGAGGUCCGAGGCAGAGCAGGCAGUGACGGCACACAACGCUACAAUAGCAGGCUACCAGGCGCAGCUGGCCCCGCUCGAGGCACAGCUCCCCCAAGCGCCCACGCCGGCCGCGCCCAAGUUCGACCCGGAGAAGCACCCUCUGCUCAGGAAGGCCAUGGAGAAGCAGGAGCCCGACAAGCCCGUUGUCUUCACCACCGGCGACAUGUGUGAGGCGCAGUGGACAGACAGGUCGUGGUACAAGGCCAAAAUACAGAGCAUCCUCGGCUCGGCUUCGGCGCCCAAGUACCUCGUGCGCUUCAUCGAAUACGACGACACCUUGACCGUCGACAGCGACCGUGUGCGGCCGCUCCCCAGCAAGAGGAAGCGUGAGCCCGAGCCCGCCGCUGCGCCCUCACCCACGACGCCCACCACCUCGACUCCGCACGUCAUCUCUGGCCCCGCGAGCGUCAACCCGAACGCGCAACCCGCCAAAGCCACCGCAGCUCUCGACGAACCGAAGCGCGUGAACAGGGUGCCCAACAAGGGUCAGCUGAAGAAGAGCGUGGGCAACUGGAAGGACUUUCAGAGCAAGGGCGUGGGGAAGAAGAUUGCGAAGAAGGAGUCCAUGUUCCGGACAAGCACCAAUUUUGGCAGCAGAGUUGGCUUCACCGGCUCGGGCAAGGGCAUGACGGAAACGCACAAACGUCAACGCUAUGAUCACAAGAAAGACGCUGACGAAGACGAUGAGGCCAAGUACUGA